GAUGAAGGUGGAGUGUCUUUACAGAAAUGCCAUAAAAUAAUGUGGGAAAAUGAAGUGUAAAGUUGUAGUUGGGUUAUGCAUAAUUGCAUAUGUUUGGAAUGCUUUUCUUGUUUGGUUUAACUUUCUAAAGGAAAAGGAAAGACAUUGAUUUUGGCCAGUUUCUACAGGGAAAAGCUACAAUGCAUACAUCAAGGAAUUUAUCACAGUGAUCCAUGUGGUAAAAAUAAGGGAACUUUAACGAAAAGCACCCGGUACUGUUCACUUUAACGAAAAACCAAAUUUUUACACUAAAAAGUCAAUCUUGAUACUAUUCACUCUACUCUUUAUUUUGUCCUUAUCAUUAAAACUCAAAAUUUUCAAGCCUUUUUCAUUAGUUUUCCCUAAAAAUAAAUCAUACUCAAGUGGUGAAGCUUGGUAUCAAUGUUGAUCAAAAUCGAGAUUUUCAUCCAAAAGUUGCACACGGGUUCUCGGUUUUGAUCAAUAUUGGUGAUAGACUCCAUCAUAUGGGUUUGAUUAACGUAUUUUGACCACAUGGGGCUCACUUUAGGUGAAGAUAUCCGCCGGGUUGAUUGGAUAGGGCGGCCCUCACACAGUGAGGAUUUUGAAGGCUUUCGUUUUUUGUAACAAAAAAGAAGAAGUGAAUUUGUGCCUGUGCUUAUGUUAUGAUCACAAUUGAAUUUACUUCAUUGGGCCUGUGCUUAGGCCCAAGAAUAAGUGAAUUUGAGCAAGAAACAAGGCCCAAGAUCAAAUGACGGCCGUCCAUAUUUUCCAAAAGGAAUGAGGAUCCUCUUUGUGCGGUUCAGGAGAUUCUCUAAUUACGUCUGUUGAUCAUACAUCGUAUAAUGAUUUUUUACCGCACGAUGUAUGAUAACGAACAUGAUUGAAGGAUUCUCAGGAUUUCAACAAAGAAGAUUCGGAGAGUAUCCUUAUUCUUCCAAAGGUUCAAACAAAAGUGCCACGUAAUGCUGCACACGUAAUGCUGUCCAAUGCGGCAAGGAAGCCGUCCGAGUCCAAAGAUACUACCGUCUGCUGAUUUCAAAGUUUCUAACCUUCUGCUUCGUCGUGGAGGCCGGCUCACUCUACUUCUUUGUCUCGAUUAAUUCCCAUUUUGUCCCUUUACCGCCAUCACUCUCUCCUUUUAUGCUCCUUCCUUCCGGUUGCCCUUUCAUUUCCACUUCCAUCGUACGAGUCAUCAUCUUCUUUAUUAUUCUAUCUGCUCGGAAACUCGACCUUACUGUGAAAUUAGUUAGUUGAGGAAUGGCGGAUUGGGGGCCGGUUGUGAUAGCGGUGGUGCUGUUCGUGUUGUUGACGCCGGGGCUUCUGUUUCAGCUCCCCGGGAACAGCCGGGUGGUGGAGUUCAACAACAUGCAGACCAGCGGGGUUUCCAUCUUGGUUCACACAAUCAUUUACUUCGGACUCAUCACCAUAUUCCUCAUCGCUAUCGGCGUUCACAUCUACUUGGGCUAGCUCUGCAUGCUAUACAUCUGCAACAUUUACGUUUUCUUGAUC